AUGGAUAAAAUAUUUAAAAUAGACUCAUUUGAAGAGUUUUCAGUUACAUGCGAUAAUAUAUUUACAAAUUUGCUGGACCCAGAGGUUGGAGGCCUGUGUGAGAAUGAACUUAUAGAUUCAGCCAGUAAACAAACGCGUGAUUUAAUACUGUCUUCAUAUGGUAAUAUAGAUAAAUUAUCUACAACUUUGCUAGUCACUGGUUAUGAAACAAACAAAGUAAAAUAUUUUGUGUCUUUAAUAGAAAAGAGUAAAAGUGAAUUACUCUAUUUAAUACUAAUAGAACAAACUUGUAAGCAAGGGGAGACAGUCGCGUCCUUUGAUUGGGUAAUAAAGUUAAUUUGUGGGACAAGUGACUUAAAGACUUUAAAGUACCCGUUGAUGCAACUUACAUUCACCACUUUUCUAAAUGGUUUUAAACAGAAAGAGAGGUUCUUUGAAGUAGACAAAAGUAUACUAGCAAUGUUCAUUGAAGUUUUGGAGAACAUUGAUCUGUCUGUAUGA